GAGGAAUUUGAAGCUGGUUGUGACAUUGCAGUUUGAACCGGUGCUUGAAAAAAAAAAUCCCCAUCUUAGUCAGCAGAUAGACUACUGAAUCUUUAGAGCAACGGCCGUGUUUCAGUUUUCAAAAACAAAUCAGGAGCAAGAAAGAAAAAGAAACAAGCCAUGACGCUGAAGGAAACAAGCAGAGCUGGACUGGAUUACAGAGUUGUUGGCCUUUAGGAGAUGGUGAUACUGUAGAAGACAGUGUGUUGAGUGGCUUGCUUCUCAUCGUGGUAACAACACCCAUAUUGAUACAAUGACCGAGGUGGGUUCUGACACUUUGGAGCCACUGAGUCAAGAGUCAUUCCAGGACUUAUGGAACAUGGUGGCCAUUCCAGACCAGGUCACCGGGGAUUCUGAAUGGCUUGACAAUGCCUUAAUCACUGAUGAUAUGGACACUCUACAGCAUGGAUAUAUCUCAAGUAGCAAUGAACUCUUCUCUGGUGUUCCUUUUGAAGCUAUUAAUCCAGUGCCAUCGGGACUUGCUAGUAAUGAUACGGGUGCUCCAUCAGCUUCUGUAGUUCCGUCCACUAAAGACUAUCCUGGUGAUGUUGGCUUCAAAUUACGGUUCCAGCAAUCAAGCACUGCCAAAUCAGUUACUUGUACUUACUCUCCUGUGUUGAACAAGUUGUUCUGCCAGCUUGCAAAAACCUGCCCAGUUCAGAUGACUGUGGAUAAGCCUCCUCCACCAGGUACUUUGAUUCGAGCCACCGCAGUUUAUAAGAAGUCUGAGCAUGUGGCUGAUGUGGUGCGCCGUUGCCCUCAUCAUGAACAAACUACUGAAAAUAAUGAAGGUCCAGCUCCCCGCAGCCAUCUGAUCAGAGUUGAGGGGAAUCAUCAGGCAGAAUACUGGGAUGACCUGAAUACCAAGCGCCAGAGUGUUACUGUCCCGUAUGAGACACCCCAGCUGGGAUCUGACUGCAUCACUGUCCUCUACAACUACAUGUGCAAUAGCAGCUGUAUGGGAGGGAUGAAUAGAAGGCCCAUAAUCACCAUAGUCACCUUGGAGACCAAAGAAGGCCUCUUGAUUGGAAGACGCUGUUUUGAGGUCCGAGUAUGUGCCUGUCCAGGACGAGACAGGAAAAGUGAGGAGGAGAACUGCCACAAACAACAAGAGAAUGCUUCCUGCAAAUCUAGCAGUGGUACCAAACGCAACAUUAAAGAUGUCACCCAGCCAAUUUCGCACCCUGAGUCAAGCAAGAAGAACAAAUCCAGUUCAGAUGAAGAAGUUUUCAUUUUACAGGUACGCGGCAGAGAAAGGUAUGAGAUGCUUAAAAGGAUCAAUGAUUCCCUUGAACUUAAGGACGUCAUCCCGCACACUGACUUAGAAAAGUACAGACAGAAGCUGAAUUUAAAGAAUUCAAACCGCAAGGACAGGGAGAAAGUGGAGCCUAAAGAAGGAAAAAAGUUGCUUGUUAAAGAAGAGAAGAGCGAUUCUGACUAAAUGUCCAGGACUUUGCAAGGAUCAGCUUUCAUAUGGAAAAAAUUUGAUCAAAGCUGCCUUAUUUUUCUACUUUUAUAUUCCAAGUUAUAAAAUUACUGUAUUGCAUGUUUUUUAUAGAUUUUUUGAAUUAUGAUUUUUUCCUAUGUAGUUGACUGUAAAUGCCUUAUUGAUCAUGAAUUUACAGAAUCUCAAUAAACGUACAUUUAGAUUGUA